AUGCCCCGUGAUGCCUUGAGUGGUUACCCUUUCCCUACUGCUCCUCCUGUGGAUCCAUUUGCAAAAAUCAGAGUAGAUGACUGUGGAAAAACCAAGGGAUGCUUCAGGUACGGUAAACCUGGAUGCAAUGCGGACACUUGUGACUACUUCCUAAGUUACCGUAGAAUAGGAGCUGAUGUUGAAUUUGAGUUGAGUGCUGAUACUGAUGGCUGGGUGGCGGUGGGAUUUUCCUCAGACAAGAAAAUGGGAGGAGAUGAUGUCAUGGCUUGUGUGCAUGAUGAUAACGGAAGAGUCCGAAUACAGCACUUCUAUAAUGUCGGUCAGUGGGCUAAAGAAAUCCAGAGAAAUCCUGCUAGGGAUGAAGAAGGGGUUUUUGAAAACAAUCGUGUAACAUGUCGCUUCAAGCGUCCUGUGUAUGUUCCCCGAGAGGAAACCAUCGUAGAUCUGCACUUGAGUUGGUACUAUCUGUUUGCUUGGGGUCCAGCAAUUCAGGGUUCUAUAACUCGUCAUGACAUAGACUCACCACCCGUAUCAGAGCGUGUUGUCAGUAUUUACAAGUAUGAAGAUAUUUUCAUGCCAUCAGCUGCCUAUCAGACCUUCUCUUCUCCGUUCUGCUUGCUCCUCAUUGUUGCACUGACCUUCUAUUUAUUGAUGGGAACCCCGUGACUGAUGGAAAACAGUAAGAAUUUGUCAGUGGAAGUUUCUCGGGAUGGAUGGACGGAUGGACAAUGCGACACGGAUGGACACGGAUGGACAAUGCAUUUUUCUAUUGGAAUUUAUGUCACACCACCAUCCUCAUCUGGCUGCUUUUGAACAUAGUUAGCUUCUCAGAAGAAUGAAAUAACCAUCUCCUUUGAGUGGCAGAGUGGCAACAAAUAAUUUAAGAAUAAUCAGUGAACACAUAGAAGA